AUGUCUUUGCCGCUUCCCAAUGACGUCCUCCUCCUGGUUGGGGAGUUUCUGGAAGACCAUCAGGACCGCUACAAUCUUGUCUUUGUGUCUCGACGCUUCCAUGACCUCUUUUUGCGUUUAGUCUAUAGAUCUGCGACUCUCAAGAGUUGUGCCCAAACGCAGUCCUUCCUGCGUGCCAUUCUCCGCAAACCAGAGCUGGCUCGGUCGGUGCGGAGUUUGCAUUUUGAUGAUUGGCGACAACAUCAUUCCUUUUCGUCUGCCUCUUCACCUGAGCAAGAUAUGGCAUCAUUCAACAAAUGGGCUGAGACAAUUAGCCAUUCUAACGAGGAAUAUCUCAAGUGGGAGCAGGACCUCCUUCAAGGCGUCGAGGAGGCUUGGAUUGCAUUGCUUUUGCCGCUGGUGAGCAACCUUCGACGGCUUCGACUAGUGUAUCCCAAUCAGAAUGCAUACCUGGACCGUAUGCUGCAGAGAGCCGUGAAGGGUGAGAAACCCUUUGAUGCCCAGCCCGCAUUCAGCAUGUUGCAAGAUGUGUCUCUCGGCCACCAGGACAGCGAGGAGGAUGCUAAGGGCAGCUAUUUACCGUCCCAGAUCUUCCCCUUCUUCCAAUUGCCAUCCAUGCGGAUGUUCACUGCGGACUCAUUGAUUGAGUCUAGCGCUCCGCAAGAAGACGGGCACACAUCAACAACGGAGGUACCGGGUAUCGGGUCCUCGCUGAUUUCGGAGAUUACCCUCAACUCCAGCAAUGGCUCCCAAGGAAUGGAGAGUUUGAUUGCCUCGUGCUCCUCUCUCAAGUCUUUCAAAUACCAGCACUCGGACUCCCACUUGCUUGCUGAGGGCUUCCAGCCGUCCGCGUUUUACCGGUCACUGGCGGGCAGUAAGAAUAGCCUACAGACUCUCUGGUUAGAUAACUACGGAAACCAUCUGCCUUUCACUAUUGCCGGGGUCAAUGAAACCCACGACGAAUGGUUCGGCACCUUGGCGGAUUUUACUGCGUUGAAAGACAUCCGUAUCCGCCUUCCCAACCUGCUAGACGUCCGAUACCAACCUGAACCCUCUACUGCGCUCCCCGAUAUUCUCCCCCAAUCGGUAGAAUCGCUCUACGUUGAAGGUUGCAAGGAGAACACUUUGGGCAUGCUGAUUGGACAGCUAAAAAUGGUCCUCAAUAAGCGACAGACCCGUUUUUCCGGACUGCGACGCUUGGACAUCGAGGGCUUCUUCCAUGACGAGGAAGAUGAAGACGCUUCAGGGUAUCAGGAGAGCGCGGCUACUACCGGGGGGCAGAAAGUGAUUAAGCCGCGAGUAUACGAGAUGGCUGAGCCAUUGCGAGCGGCUUGCGCAAAUGCUGGGAUCGAGUUGUUCCUCCGCGACCGUGUGGUUUUUUGAUGACAUCAGUGCAUUUGCAGAGUUUCUUUUUGAUUUCAUAGACGGACGGUUGGACCGUUUUGCACGAUACCCGAUAGACCCGAUAGACGUGGUUUGCCUUGUUUUUCUCCAAGCAUUUUCUACCAAUAGACCUUGCGGAAUGUUUUGGGAGUUUCACUCGUGGUUAUCCCCCCUAUAUUAUGAAGAAAAUUAUGUCUAAAU